AUGUCAUCUUCAGAAACCACCCAAAUCCCACAACUCCUCCGCUACGCCCGUCUACACGGCCUCGCAAGUGAAACCGAACCACCUCGAGAACUCCCAGUUGGUGAUAACUGCAAACUCACCCCCGAACCAGGCUCACUUCGCGAGCAGCAGUUCAAGGAAAUCGAGAAUCGGUAUCAAGAGCUCUACACGAGAUUCUGCAAAGGUCUCAACGAGCAGAAACUUGACAUCUCAAUGACUGCUAAGGAUCUCGUGGCUUCUGUUUUGAAGGAAGAGAGGGUGGAUGGGCGGAUUGAGUGGGAAGAUAUUCUUCCCAGAGCUCCUCUUACUGGGAGUCAAGACGAUCUGUUGUUCGUUACGAAGAAGGAUGAGGAUAAACACAUGGCUAAGAAGCAGAAAGUAUCUCGGACCUAG